CUGUGUCACCACAGAUAAUGCUUCAAACAACAUCUCUGCAAUGGAACUGAAUGAGUGGGAGUGGUUGCAGUGCUUUGGUCACCGUCUACAGCUAGCCAUCGAGAAUUCUCUAAAAGACCUCACCCCAACAUCCACAAGGCAGGCUGUAGAAAGAGCAGUGGGUGUCUGCAAGAAAGUGGUGAGUGCCUUCUCCAAUUCGUGGAAGAGGAAACGUGAAUUGGCCAAAGCCCAAGCAGCACUGGGCUUGCCUCCCCACCAGCUGAUCACCGAAACCCCCACCAGGUGGGGCUCCCGCCAGCAGAUGGUUGCACGCUUCUUGGAGCAGGAGAAAGCCCUUUCACAGGUCCUCCUUGCAGAUAAGAAGGCAAGACAUCUUGUUCCGAGCUGGCAAGACGUGUCAAUCCUGGAUUCGCUCAACAAAGCCUUGGGCCCUCUGUUUGAAUUUACCGAUGCUUUGUCGGGGGAGAAAUAUGUAAGCGUGUCAUUUCUGAAGCUGGUGCUACGUCUCUUUAACGAUGAGAUCCUCACCCCAAAAGAAGACGAAACAGAGCUCACAAAAGCAUUGAAGGGAGGUGUUCUCAAAUACCUCAAUGACAAGUACGACGACCCAGCCACAAACGACCUCCUGGAUAUGGCGACACUGGUCGACCCAAGGUUCAAGACAACUUACAUGAGGGAAAACCGGAUGGAGCUCAUCAAAAACAGAGCUGUCACACAGCUGCUGGGAAUGGUGGAGGGAGAGACGGCACCAGCAACUGAGGCAGCAACAGGCUCCAGCUCACCCACAGCUGCUAAUGUUCCUGAGGACCUCCAUCCAACGAAGAAAAAGAAGACCCUAGCCAGUUAUUUUAAGAAGGCAGUGCAGGGAAACACCCACACCCUGCGCAACAGAGAAAGCCUUGAACUAGAGCUCGCCAUGUACCUCCAAGCACCUGGGCCUGACUCAGAGGCAGACCCGCUGGAGUGGUGGAAGCUGCACGAGCCUAAUUUUCCAUCUGUGGCUCAGCUUGCCAAGAAAUAUCUAUGCCUACCGGCCACAAGUGCAUCAUCUGAAAGGGCCUUCAGUACAAGUGGAAAUAUCAUCACCUGCAAGAGGUCAUGUCUGAAACCCAACACUGUGGACCAACUAGUGUUUCUUGCACUCAACCUGUAAAUGUUGACAUACGUUUCUACCUCUUUAUUGUUAUUGUAGGUUAUUGUUUGUGCUUUAUGUUUGCACAUUUGUUCAUGAAUUAUUAGGCCUAAUGCUUUAAACAGAGUUCUAAUCUGUUCAACCCUGAUGACAUCAGUGAUGUUAACACAAAAUGCUGCACUGCAAUUUUACAGUUAAGAUUUUUUUUUUAAAUGACGCACUUUUGUUUUUUGUUUGUUUGUUUAAUUGUUAUUUUCUUGUCUCAGGCUUAAAGCUUAUGCACUUAAGUGGAAUUAAUGUAUUGAUUGCCAU